UAGCUGUCACCAUAUCCUUCAAUGCUCUCUAUCCCACUCUCCUUCAUUUGAUGAUAGAAUAUGGGUGAUAACAAUAAGAGAGGCGUGUCUUUCUUCUUCCUCCUGGUUCUGGUUCUGUGGUGUUCGUCGUCGUUUGGGUUGGGGAGGGUUCCGUUUGCAUGCGACCCAAAGAACGGGUUGACGAGGAGCUUGAAGUUUUGUAGGACGAACGUGCCGAUCCAUGUGAGAGUGCAGGACCUGAUCGGAAGGCUGACAUUGCCGGAGAAGAUAAGGCUGGUGGUGAAUAAUGCGAUUGCGGUGCCGAGGCUGGGAAUUCAGGGAUACGAGUGGUGGUCGGAGGCGCUUCACGGCGUCUCCAAUGUGGGCCCAGGCACCAAGUUCGGUGGGGCCUUCCCUGGCGCCACCAGCUUCCCUCAGGUCAUCACCACCGCUGCUUCUUUCAACCAAUCUCUCUGGCGCGAAAUCGGACGGGUUGUAUCUGAUGAGGCGAGAGCAAUGUACAACGGAGGAAUGGCUGGCUUGACAUACUGGAGCCCUAAUGUGAACAUAUUCCGGGACCCACGGUGGGGCCGCGGCCAAGAGACUCCCGGCGAGGACCCCACUCUCGCCGCCAAGUACGCCACCAACUAUGUCCGAGGACUCCAGGACGACGGCCCCGGCAACCGGCUGAAGGUUGCGGCCUGCUGCAAGCACUACACUGCUUAUGAUCUUGAUAACUGGAAAGGCAUUGACCGCUUCCACUUCAAUGCCAAGGUGAGCAAGCAAGACUUAGCGGAGACAUACGACGUGCCGUUUAAAGCAUGUGUUGUGGAUGGAGGAGUGGCCAGUGUGAUGUGCUCCUACAAUCAAGUGAAUGGGAAGCCCACUUGCGCCGACCCUGAUCUCCUACGCAACACCAUCCGUGGCCAGUGGAAACUCAAUGGGUACAUAGUUUCGGAUUGUGAUUCAGUUGGGGUUUUAUAUGACACCCAACAUUACACACAAACGCCCGAGCAAGCAGCCGCUGGUGCAAUCAAAGCGGGCUUGGACUUGGAUUGUGGGCCUUUCUUGGCACUUCACACAGCAGAUGCCAUUAAAUUGGGCCACAUCUCAGAGAAUGAUCUCAACCUUGCCUUGGCAAACCUUCUUACAGUCCAAAUGAGACUGGGUAUGUUCGAUGGCGAACCCUCGACCCAACCCUACGGACACUUAGGCCCAAGAGAUGUUUGCACCCCGGCCCAUCAACAACUUGCCCUUGAAGCUGCUAGGCAAGGCAUAGUUCUCCUACAAAACAAGGGCAACACUCUGCCACUAUCCCCUACGCGUCACCGCACCGUAGCAGUUAUUGGGCCCAACUCUGACGUCACUACUACUAUGAUAGGAAACUAUGCCGGUGUGGCAUGCGGCUACACGACGCCAUUGCAAGGGAUUGCAAGAUAUGUUAAGACUGUUCAUCAAGGAGGAUGCAGGGAUGUGAUGUGUAAAGGAAACCAGCUGUUCGGGUCAGCGGAGAUAGCAGCAAGGCAUACGGAUGCGACAGUCCUAAUAAUGGGCCUCGACCAAUCCAUAGAAGCCGAGUUCAGGGAUAGAGUUGGGCUUCUCCUGCCAGGCCACCAACAAGAGCUUGUUUUAAGAGUGGCCCAAGCUUCCAAAGGCCCAGUUAUCUUGGUCCUCAUGUGUGGUGGGCCUAUCGAUGUCACUUUUGCCAAAAAUAACCCCAAGAUCGGUGCCAUUUUGUGGGUGGGCUAUCCCGGUCAAGCCGGAGGAACUGCCAUAGCCGAUGUCCUAUUUGGCACAACAAACCCAGGAGGGAAGCUUCCCAUGACAUGGUACCCAGAGCAGUAUGUGGCGAAAGUGCCAAUGACAAUAAUGGACAUGAGGCCGAACCCAUCAAGGGGGUACCCGGGUAGGACCUACAGAUUCUACAAGGGCCCAGUGGUGUUCCCUUUUGGGCAUGGGCUAAGCUACACCAGAUUCAGCCACUCCCUAUCCUUUGCUCCCAGUCAAGUGUCUGUUCCCUUGGCCAGCCCACAGGCUCUUACAAACUCGAGCACCGUUUCAAGCAAUGCAUUGAGGGUCAGCCAUGCGAAUUGUGAUUCCCUGGAAUUAGGAUUCCACGUGGAUGUGAAAAAUGAAGGUGAAAUGGAUGGGACUCACACUGUUCUUGUAUACUCGAAGCCACCUCCUGGGAAAUGGUCUGACAUGAAGCAGUUAGUAGGGUUCCACAAGGUUAAUGUUCCUGCUGGGUCCAAGCAAAGAGUCAAGGUUGGAGUCCACGUGUGCGAGCAUCUUAGUGUUGUGGACGAGUUUGGGAUUCGAAGAAUCCCAAUAGGCGACCACGAGCUUCACAUUGGUGAUCUCAAACAUUCCAUUUCUGUCCAAACUUCCCAAGAAACCAACCCUUGAAACAAAAACACUACAUUUGUCAACCCAACUGUUGAUAAAGUUCUUACAUGUUAUUCCAGAUUUGAAAUGCCAAAAAUAAAUGUCAUUCUCAAGUGUAGCAUAGUGUAUAUGUGGCAGUUUGCAAGCAGUUUGUAAGAUGGUCAAGUACGAUGUCCACCAAUAAAAAAAGAAAAGAAAAGAAAAGAAAGCGUGGACAGGUGUUGUUAUUGUUAUGUGCAGGUGAAGUAAGUCAAAGUAUUUUUACUGCAAAUGUAAAAUAGGGGAAAAGAAGGUAAGUUUGUGAGCCAAUAAUGAUGCAACAAAUUGCAUUAUUGGCAAGUUGAUGUGUUGAUGAGUAUUGAUUGUAUUUCAAUUGCACUUGUGUAUGCCGAAGCCCAAACAAAUUAACAAGGCUGGGUUUUUCUUUCGCUA